CCGCGGCAACGGCCGGGGCAGGGCAGGGCCGGGCCGGGAGCCACGGAGCGGCGGGCAGCGCCAUGGGGCUAGAGACGGAGAAGGUGGACACCCGCAUCUUCAUGGACGACGACAACUUCCCGCGCAGCGGCGGCCCCGCGCUGUCGGAGGCGGAGAAGGGCGCGGAGGACGAGCUGGACCGCGACCCCCAUGGGAUGAACGCCCACCUCCAGCUGGGCUUCGAGGACGUGAUCGCGGAGCCAGAGCUAACGCACUCCUUCGACAAAGUCUGGAUCUGCAGCCACGCUCUCUUUGAGCUCAGCAAGUACGUGAUCUACAAGCUCCUGACCCUGGUCCUUGCCAUACCCCUGGCCCUGGUUGUGGGGAUCGUCUUUGCGGCGCUCAGCUGCCUGCACAUCUGGAUUGUGGUGCCUUUCGUGAAAACGUGUCUCAUGCUCUUGCCUUCAAUGCAAACCAUAUGGAAGAGCCUGACAGAUGUUUUCAUCAGACCAUUCUUUCAAAGUUUAGGCCGAUGCUUUGCCAUGGUUAAUAUACGCCUGGACCAAGAGUAAACAUCAGGGGUGCAACAGCGCUGUAAUUGUAGCUGGUUUUAUACCUCUUUGCUAACCUAACAUACAAGCACUUACCAUUCAUUCCAAACUGAUAAAUUAUAAUGGCUGGUUUAAGCGGGAACAUGCUAUUUUUCCUAAAACUCAUUUAUUAUCAGGGAGAUCAGUUUAAGAAUAAGUAGGCAGUUUUCAUAACUCACUAUUUUAACAACAGAGCAAUCAUGGAGUAUGUUGGCAACACUUUAUUUUAAUGGUACGUUAGUUGCUAGAUGACAGGAGAAUUCUUGUGAAGGUUUAACAGCCACCACAGUGAUAAUGAUUUGCAUUAUUACUAUAAAAACUUCAUUGAGUAGGCUGUGGUACCUUAGGCAGAAGUGAUCUCUGAGGGUUCACACUGACUUCAGUGCAGUUCUGCCACUCACUGUGCAGAAUGAUAAACCCAGUCCUUUAUUGUCAGCAGUUAAAAUGAUCAUGAUUCAUUGCAUAAACAUACAGGAAGAGGAACUGUUGUAUAAUUCUCCUAUACCAGAGGGAAGAGCUCCCUAGAAGUUUAUCCUUUAAAAUAAGGUGUUAGCUAAUGAUUUGGGGCAUCAGCUAAUCUGUAUAUUUAUUUUAUGAGAAGUUAACUUGCUGUAUAUUUUGUACCUUUGUAAAUGGCACUUGAUAGUUUUCUUUAAAACACUAUUUCUAUAGUAUUUUAAUUCUAACCAACUUAUUAGGAAGCAGGAGUGAGACACUGCAAAAAAUUACUUUAGAUAACUAAAAUUUCUGUUUCUAAAUUAUGUAGAUUUUUAAGUGCUGCCGUGCAAUUCUAGUGUAAUUAUUAUAUAUGAUUGUGUGUAAAAGCAAAGAUUAUAAGUGUUUUCAUACAAGACCUUGCAAAAGAGUUGGAAAUAUCUGUUUAUGAGAAAUGUUUUUUUAUUAAAAAUGGGGUGUAGUAAAUGCAACCCUGCCUAUUUCUGUGUAUUAUCUGUGUGAACAUUGUGAUAUUUAAAAUUAAAGACACUAUGCUAGCACUUUAACUAAGUAGCAAGCUCUUGUAGAAGGCAAGUGAGUGUAAUUGGUAUCCUUGUCUAAUUCUCCUCACCUAUUGACUUGAUUCCGCAUGUUACUUAUUUACUCCUUCAAAGCCUAACCGCUAAAAAAAGCCCUUCUUCCUUCUGCACUUAAUAUGACUUUGUAAACCAGAAUAACAGAAUGUAUGCAGAGGUACAUGAAAAUUACAUUAGCCUUCUGAUGGGCUUAGGCUGCUGUUUUCUUUAAAUACAGAUGGUAAGUUGCAAUUGUAAAAUGUUUGUAUGAUUCAGAAUGUUAUUUCCUAAAAUGAUGUCACAGAUUUCAUAUCAAAAAAGAACUAUAUAAUAAAAUAAUAAAAAGUCAGCUUUUUCCCAUUUAAAA